CACCACUCUUCGCCGUAGCGCUCUCCUCAUUCUUAAAAUCUCACCAAAAUCCCCUCCCUCUGUCUCAUGGCGUCUGCGAUGCGCGUGGCACACUGCGAGCUGCGAUCGGCCAGACCAACGGCUCGGCCGAGAGAAAAGUCCGGUCCGGUUCAGGUCUCGAUCCCGAAACCCAAACCGGCGGAGGGAGAAGCCACUAACACUAACAUCCUUCUGCAGCCGCGGUUGUGUACUCUAAGAUCGUACGGUUCAGAUAGAAUAGGGGUGAUGAAGACUCGGAAGCAAGGUAGCGAUGACGUGUCCUCCUUCUUCGCCACUCUUUCUGAGUACAUCGAGAGCUCCAAGAAAAGUCACGAUUUCGAGAUCAUCUCUGGUCGUCUCGCUAUGAUGGUGUUUGCAGCGACGGUGACGAUGGAAAUGGUGACGGGAAGCUCUGUGUUCAGGAAGAUGGAUGUUGCAGGAAUAACGGAAGCGGGUGGGGUGUGUUUGGGUGCGGUAACUUGCGCUGCACUCUUUGCUUGGUUUUCCAGUGCCCGAAACAGAGUUGGUCGAAUCUUCACUGUUAGCUACAACGCAUUCAUCGAUUCCGUAAUUGACCAAAUCGUUGAUGGUUUGUUCUAUGAAAGCGAGCCUAGUGAUUGGUCUGAUGAACUCUGAUCAUGCAUGCACCACGCACUAUCAUUCUUAUUGUGUGUAAAAAUCAUAGACAUAGUUGUAAUCCUUAUAUGUUUAUCUCGCAUUUCUUGCAAAUAUUAUAUGUGUAUCAAAUACCAAUGGAUUAUGUCAAAAAAAUUAAUGGAA